AGUGGGUCAAUACCGAAAAAUGGCGGUGAUAGCUUUGUUGUACAUUAGUCAAUGUCAAUUAUUGCCAGGAUUAGGGACAUAAGUUUUGUUUUGUGGUGUUAUUUUUUUACACUGCACAAAUUCUGAGAUCUGUGUGCACCAAUGUCGGUGAUCACUACGUCUGUAUCUGGCCUUUCCUCAAUUUUGAAGAGCCCAGGAUUUCGAAAACGGAACACAGAACAACGUGUUCGCUUCAGGCUGCCCGAGAGCCUUAAAACUGUUUUGCUGGAUUUCAUCAACAGAAGGAACAUAAAAGCUUAUGAAGAAUUGAUUUAUACAAUUAGAGAUGGAGAUAUCCAGGACAGUAAUUUGAUGCAAUUAUUGACAGAAGUCCAGGAAUGUAUUUCUCUUAUGGACAAGGAGCUGAAGCAUUUUGUUGAAGCUCUGUUGAUGUUGGACUGGGUGCACCGAAACAGCGAGAUUGUGAAGAAAUUUCAGGAGUUCCUACUGAACCUGCUGUCAGCCCAUAAUUAUUAUACAAAGAGUGCCCUUGAGAAGUUAAUGCCAAUUUUCAAAUCAGUUGGUUUUGAAGAGGAGUGGACAAAUGGAGUUUCUACAAAGAAAGAGGUGUUUGUGUUUGAUCAUGCCCAUGCUGUCUUGAGGGUUUUGCUGCAAGUGAUGCCAAUGGCUUGUGAUGUCUUGGUACAGGUUGUGGUGAAACAUUUCCCAUAUCUCCGUCGUUCCAGCCAUGAACAUGAAUGCUUCAUUUACAACAUGCUCAAGAUAACUGAGUACCAGCCCAAGUUGAGGUUAGAAUUUCUUCUCAUCAUCUUCAAGAGGUUGGUUUCACUGGAUGUAUAUGCUCCAAAAGAGGAAGUUUUGGAACAAGAAGAGGUUGAAGAAUGUUUUGAAAUGGACGUUGAAGAAGCAGAGGUGAAUGAAGAAGCUGCUCAGAGCCAGCGUGUAGGUAUGAAACACCCUAUAGCGAACAAUCUGGAUAUUUCGAUGGUGCAGGUGUUUAUGUAUCUGCGUUCAGAGUGCCAUGAUGGUGACGGACAGCUAGACUGGGAGAGGACAAAGCGGCUGUACCAUGACCUAGUCACAGUGUUCGAGCAAGUUGUCUUGUCAACCCAUGCUACACAUCAUGUGCAGUUCCUUCUGUUUUACAUCUGUAGCUUCAAGGUGACUUUAGCAGAAACUUUUCUGAACUUUCUGUGGCAUAAAGUGGUGUCUCCCAAUGUGCCGUCCAUUGUUCGGCAAUCAGCAAUCAUGUACAUGGGCAGCCUGCUGUGUAGGGCAUCUUACAUAAACAUCAGCAUGUUGAAGGCUUCAAUAUCUGAAAUGUCUACUUGGAUACACAAAUACAUAUCCAGUCAGGAUGGGCUGGAGUACAUCAAUUCAGAUGUACGAGUCCACUGUGUGUUCUAUACAGUGUGUCAGACAUUGUUCUAUGUCAUAGCCUUCAGACACUGUGACCUCGUUCAUACUAAGAAAAAUCUCACAUUUCUGCAGAGCUUAAACCUGACGAAAAUGGUGACCUGCAGGCUGAAUCCGUUGAAAGUUUGUUUGCCGGUUGUGGCUCAAAAUUUUGCUGCUGUGACUCGAACAUAUCAACUGGCAUACUGUUACUCUGUCCUGCAACACAAUGCUCGCUACAGCAUGCCAGUGAUACAUCAAGACAAGGGAUGUGCUGUCACCAGGGAAUCAACCUUACUUGAUACAUUUUUUCCAUUCGAUCCUUUCAUUUUAUGCAGGUCAGUAAAUUGUUCUCAUAAUAUACUAUUCACCACAAACUGGCAUUUAAACCUGCCUUUAUUUUUAAGUUACUGCUGUAUCCUGUCAGCAGGGACCUUUAUGCCCAGGUUAAGAAGCAAAGAGUGUUGAAAGUCAAAUACUGUACAUGAUUAUGUCACCUUGUAGCUUCUGCAUCCAAAGCCAGCCAUGAAAUAUCAGC